UUUAACGAUGAAUACUUGCACAGGGCCAUCAUCAUCAAAGACGUAUGCUCUCUUUCUUGCCUUGUGUUUACCUAAUUGUUUUUUUCUUUUGAAUAUGUAAACAUAGACGACCUAACUAGGCCCAUAGCGGCCAAAAUUAUCCGAGAACGUUCUUAUCAAUCGGAGAUUGAAGACUUAGUAUCAACGAUGAACACUUGCACAUCACCAUCACCAUCAUCAAACACUGCUCCCAUGCCACCACCAACGAGUAAUCCAUUGAAGUUGUUCGUGGAAGACAUUGAAAAAUCUCAAACGUUAACACUUUAUGAAAAAUACGUCAAGAUCCAAAUGUAUCUUGUCUCUCUCAAGGAGGAGAUGAGUAAGAUCAAGGAUCUCGGACUUCCUAACUCCAAACGAAUCCUAGAUCAUGCUAUCAAGACUCUUGAGGUGGAACAUAACAGUGUUUCAGAAAAACUAAAGAAUGUUACGAAUCAAACAGGAGUUACAAAUGUGGGCGUAUUUCCGGAAGAGAUGAUAAGGGUCUCUCAGAAGCCAAGCCCAAACCCAACUAACACUGUGCUACAAGCACCACAAAUAUCGAUGCAAAGUCAACAAGGAACAUGGCAUCGCGGAUUAGGGCAACAAGGAUCACUGCAAACAAUAAUGCAACAGCAAAGGUAUCAAAUGUUACAGCUACGUCAAGCAAGGCGACAGCAAGAGCAACAGCAGCAAGGGUUACUGCAACCACAAGUUAUGAAACCAAGUCAACUGCAACAGCAAAUGAUACAACAACAACAGCAAAUAAGGCAAGCGCAAAUGCAACAGCUACUGCAACCACAAAUUAUGAAACUGAACCCAACAAUAAAUGAACAAAGUCAACUGCAACAACAUCGAGAAUUACUGCAACAAUUAGGGCAACAAGUAUUCGGGCAACAAGAAUGAGGGACAAGGUAUAGUUUGGGUUUUUAAAAUUUUUAAUUUUCUAUUAAGUGCCUUUUGAAAAUGUCCUUAUGAGUAUCCUAUUGGAUGAUACUUGUCUGUGAGACUCAUUAAAAGAGAGAGAGAGAGAGAGAGAGAGCUAUUAGAAUUGCUUUUUUUUUUUUUUUUUUCAUUUACUCUUAAGUUUUUCUAUGUUUUGAUAUUCACCAUGUUUGUGAUUCGAAACUCACCAUCUUUCAGUCAUCAGAAACAUAAAAUAGGACAUUUCAUUUACUUUUUGCUGAUUAACUUGAGAGGUUAGUAAUUUUAAUUAACACUAGGAAACUAAAAGAAGUUUGAACUAAUUAAGUACCAACUGGUUGGUGGUUAAUGGUAUUGAGAAUGUGUAUUUAAAUCACUAGAAAACUAAAGUUGGGUAGAUAACAAUAUCAUUUAAGCUGUUUAUAGUCUUUAAAAGAUGUUUACACUAGAAAUAUGAUUUUUUCAAAUUUUGACAGGUCUGUGAUUGAGCAGUUUUUCUUUCAUUUUUUAUGGAUUGCAAAUCUAUCAAUUAAAUAAUGACAUCUAAUAAUAUAGUUUAUGUUCCUAAUCUCUUUUAGGAAGAGAGAACUAAAAGUUCUAAAACAGUUUGAAAGAAAUAGUAAAAAUACAAAGUCAAAGCUAGAAGCUAGUUUUUCUCGUUACAAAUCCAUAAUUUGCGCGAAAAGCCAAGGGCUUCAAAA